CUUUUAGAAAUGACUUCUAGUGAUAGUGAGUGCGAGUUUACUUUCGGGGAAGGCAUAGAGUAUGCCUUGCAAGAAAUUUCAAUUGACUCCCAAGAUCGUCAAAUUUUCACAAGAGACGCGCAGACUAUUCAGAAUGCGUUUAUCCAAGCCAUAUCGCGCUACGAUCCCACAUUCAAGAAUGCCUUCAGAGGAUUAAGCUUGGGUGGUAGUUUUUUGGACGAUAUUCGUAUUGAACUACCGGAUGAAUUCGACAUGCAUGUUAAGAUUGUAUUGCCUUUCGAGGUAGAGCCAAUCAGAGUGUCCAAUUACCCAGGAUAUGUGUUUUUGCGAGUGGGCAAUCGCUAUGCUAGACACCAUUGUAUCCAAACGUAUGGCGCCGAUGGAAAAUUUAUUAAUCGCGAACUGAUUCAAACGUGGUUUCGCACCAAUAUCAGCGCUGUGAUGAACGAACUUCAAAACAUUCGUUGUGGAAAUAGGUCGUAUAGUUUGAAAUACACAGCCCACGGCUAUGGAGUGGCACAUACUUUAGUGGCUACGGAGCGUCGUCGACGUCAUCGGAAAAUAUAUUUUGAUUUUGUUCCCGUCUUCGAGUUCGAGGCAUGCGAAUGGCCCCGACAUUUUUCCAGGGUACCUAAUGCAGGUCGUACCUGGCUUGCUGUGCCUCGCAAAUAUAUGGGGAAAAAUGUAAAUGAUUCCCGGUCAUUUAUGGUGUGUGCUCCCCACUGGGAGCGUCUUGUAUUGCAUAAAAAGCAAAAUUUAAAGGACUCACUACGACUGAUGAAGGCCUUUCGAAAUGCGAACGAUAUGCCCCAUCUGGUCAGUUAUAUGAUAAAAACAUUGUACCUUAAUGCUGUGGAAGAAAGGAAAACCAAUUGGAACCAGGCACCUGGACGUAUACUCAUUCGUUUAAUGGUGGAGUUACUUAUGGAUCUAUUAGAUGGAUUUCAAGAAUUUUACUUAGCUCCAGAUCACAACAACUUUUCCAACAUUAGCCGCGAGGAGAUCCAAGAAUAUAAACGCAUUGUUGGACGAACUCUGAAGAAACUUAUAAGUCGUCGUAAUGCCGAUUACCUUACCUGGGACGAUUUGUCCAACUUCUUUGGUGUAGAGUGUUGA